AGCAUAUAUGUUCUUAUACUUAUGUGUGUGCUAUUUAGCUGAAAUUUGUUAUACGAUAUUCAUUAAAAAUACCAAAAAGUAUUCAUUUAUAAUUAUUUAUAAAGUUAGAAAUACAUUCCUGGUGUAUUUAUUUCGAUUUAAAUAUAAAAAGUUUUUAUUUUAUAAAAAAUAAUAUUAAUAAUAGAUAAAUUCGAUAAAAAUAAUCGAUUUUAUGCAAUAUGAUAUCUACUAUUAUACCAAAUACCGAAACUUACGAGAUAGAAAAACAAAUACAAGUUGAAAAUGAUACGGAAGAACAACAAAUAUCUUUAAAUAAUUGCAUUAUAGAAGAAAAUAAAAACGCAGUGAUUGAUACUAUGAUACUUGAAGAAAGUAAUAAUGAUAGAAAAAAACUUCGUAGUGGGAAAUAUAUUAGUAUGAAACCCACAUCUGGUUUGAACAAAAUUAAUGGAGAUUUAAAUAAAUAUGGAUUAUCACAACAAAGAAUGCAAUCUGUUAAAAAAUCUGUUAAAAGAAAAAGUAAUGGAGCUGAAGAGUUGGAAACAAAAUUUCCUAUGUUAACACAAAACGAAAAAGUAAUAUGUGAUAAUAAAUCUGAUUUUACAUUAAAACAAAUGCAAUCAGAUUCAAGUGAUGAAUCUGAAAGUAAUAUUCUUAAAAAAAAUAAAACUGAAAAUAAUAAUAUAAUCAAUACAGAAGAAUCAAAAAUAAUGCAUCAGAAACCUCUUAAUGUUCAUCAAAAAUGUGAAUAUUGUUGUCAAAAAUUAACAAGUAUAGAUAUAAAAAUAUAUCCAGGUCAUCCUAAUAAUGCAGUAGAAGAAAUGAUUGCAUUAACAGAUCCUAGAUUAUCUUUAUUCACAGGAGAAGAAAUUGUAAUUCAUGAAAGUGAUGAAAGGCCUCAAAAUAAAAUUACUCAUUUCUGUGUUUAUGAUAAAAAUGGACAUUUGUGUUCUUUUGAUACUGGUUUGAUAGAAAAAAAUGUGGUACUUUAUUUUUCUGGAUAUAUGAAACCUAUUUAUGAAGAAAAUUCAUGUCCAGAAGGAGGUGUGCCUACAAAAGACAUGGGACCAAUAAAUGAAUGGUGGGUGUCAGGAUUUGAUGGUGGUGAAUUGGCACUUGUAGGAUUUACUACAGCAUUUGCAGAAUAUAUAUUGAUGGAACCUGCUGAAGUAUAUUCACCAUUUAUGGAUUCUGUAAAAGAAAAAAUUUACAUGAGCAAAAUAGUUAUAGAAUUUUUACUAGAUGAAAUCAAUCCUACAUAUGAAGAUUUGUUAAAUAAAUUACAAACUAUAGUUCCACCAAAAGGAUUAUCUAGGUUUACAGAAGAUUCUUUAUUACGGUAUGCACAAUUUAUCUGUGAUCAAGUUAUUUCCUUUGAUGCAUCAGCAAGACCAGAAGAUCCUUUGUUAAUUACAAGUCCAUGUAUGCGAGCAUUAGUGACUCUCGCGGGUGUAACAUUAAAUAAAAGGAUUGCAUUACGCAGAACGCAAUCUAGAGAUCAAAAAAAUAAAACUACUUGGACGAAAGCUACAACCACAAAAUUAGUUAAUAAUAUGUUUGAAACAUUUUUCUCUGAUCAAAUAGCUACAAAUAAUGACAAAGAAAUAUCGGGGCCGAAAAGACAUAGAUGUGGAAUAUGUGAAACUUGUCAGCAGCCAGAUUGUGGAAUUUGUACAGCUUGUAAAGAUAUGAUCAAAUUUGGUGGAUCUGGAAGAAGUAAACAAGCUUGCAACAGAAGAAGAUGUCCAAAUAUGGCUAUACAAGAAGCUGAUGAUUCAGAUCAAGAAGAUGAUGAUUUUAAUGAUACAUUAAUAGAAAAUACAAAAAUUACUCAAAAAAUGAUUUUAAAGGAAUUUAAACAUGUAGAGAAAGAAAUUACAUGGGUGGGAGAAUCUAUAAUAAAUGAUGGUCGGAGAACUUUUUAUAAAUCAGUUAUGGUUGUUGGAAGAAUAAAAGCUAAUGAUUAUGUUUUAAUUGAAUCAAAUGAUCCCACUGUACCAUUACAAAUAGCUAAAGUCAUUUAUAUGUGGGAAGAUAAAAAUGGUGCAAAAUUGUGUCAUGCUAAUUGGUUUCGAAGAGGCAGUGACACUGUACUUGGUGAAACAUCAGAUUCUUUAGAAUUAUUUUUACUUGAUGAAUGUGAUAAUGUUCCAUUUACUUCAGUUAAAUCCAAAGCUACUGUUAUUUAUAAAACUAAUUCAAAAAAUUGGAAUGAAUUGGGAAAUGCAGAUAUAUUACCAGAAGAUGAAAUACAAAAUAAAGAUGGAAAAACAUUUUUUAUCAAAAAAUAUAUUCCAGAAACAGCUCGCUUUGAAGAUUGUUCUUUGGAUCCUGAAUGCCCGCGAAAAGAAAUCAGUCAUCGAUUUUGUCCUGCUUGUAUACGUUUUACUACAUUACAAUGUUAUUAUACACCAAAAGUUUUUGAUCGGGAAGAAGAGAAGAACAGCAAAGAAGUGACAUAUAAUAUAGUAAAAUAUAAAAAUGAAGAAUUUAGAGUUGGUUCUGCUGUGUUUUUAAUGCCAGGGGCCAUAAAAUAUAAAUAUACAUCUACAUAUCACAUUUCUCAAAAAGUGAAAAAGGGAAAAGUAGAUGAAGAUAUGUACCCUGAAUAUUAUCGAAAAUCAUCAGAUCAUGUAAAAGGAUCAAAUUAUGAUACCCCAGAACCAUUUCAUAUUGGAUAUAUAAAUUCAAUUUAUGCGACAACUAAUAAUAAAUUAGUUGCAUCAUCUGAUAUAUGGAUUAAAAUAAAUAAGAUGUAUCGACCAGAAAACACUCACAAAGGACUUACAUUAAUGCAACAAGUUGAUCUUAAUAUGGUAUAUUGGAGUGACGAAGUUUGUGAUAUUAAGUUUUCGGAUGUAGCUGGAAAAUGUUAUUUGGUAUAUUCAGAAAAUUUAGAUCAAUCUGUAGAAGAAUGGACUACUGCUGGUCCAUAUCGGUUUUAUUUUUCUCAAGCAUAUAAUGCUUCAGAAAAAACAUUUGUUGAUCCACCAUACUAUGCUAUGAAUAUUGGAAAAUUGGGAAGUGGAAAAGGAAGGGAAAAGCAAAAUGUAAAAGUAAAAAAUUAGAAACAAGUGAUAAAAAAGUAAUUGAUAAGCCUAUAAAUUAUUGUAAAGUGUCAAAAAAGUUAAAAACAUUAGAUGUUUUUGCUGGUUGUGGUGGAUUAUCUGAAGGAUUGCGACAAGCUGGUAUUGUAGACAAUCAAUGGGCAAUU